AUGGAGAUAAGUUGUGAUCUUGAGAAAGCUGGUCAUAGUUUCAAAAACUCUUCCUUUUGGACUGACAAUGGCGCAGGAGUUUUCUCAUCAUCUUCACGUGGAGGGGUUGACGAGGAAGCUCUCAAGUGGGCUGCUCUUCAGAGACUUCCAACUUUCCAGCGCUUGAAGAAAGGUUUGAUCUCUACAUCCGAAGGCCGUGCCGACGAAGUUGAUGUGAGCCGUCUUCAAGUACAAGAAAGGAAGAAUUUGAUUGAGAGGUUGGUUGGAGUAGCUGAAGAGGAUCAUGAGAACUUCUUGUUGAGGCUCAAGAACCGCAUUGAUAGAGCUCUGCCUACAGUCUUUAAGUACUGUGUUAAUUUAGUGGAGGGUUUGUUGAACUCCUUCCGUAUUCUUCCUAGCAAGAAGCAACACUUGACUAUCCUUAAAAAUGUCAGUGGGAUCAUCAAGCCUUGCAGAAUGACACUGCUUUUGGGUCCUCCAAGUUCCGGGAAGACCACACUCUUGUUGGCUUUGGCUGGAAAGCUUGGUCAGGAUCUUAAGUCUUCAGGAAGUGUGACUUACAAUGGUCAUGACAUGCAUGAGUUUGUGCCUCAAAGGAGGGCUGCCUAUAUCAGUCAACAUGAUGUUCAUAUUGGAGAACUGACAGUCAAAGAAACCCUGGCCUUCUCUGCAAGAUGCCAAGGGGUUGGACCCCGUUAUGAAAUGAUAGCAGAGCUAACUAGAAGAGAAAAAGAAGCGAAUAUUAAGCCGGAUCCAGAUGUAGACGUCUACAUGAAGGCAAUUUCAACAGAAGGCCAGAAGGAAACAUUGGUGACAGAUUAUAUUCUUAAGAUUUUGGGAUUAGAUACUUGUGCAGAUACCUUGGUGGGGGAUGAAUUAUUAAGGGGUAUCUCUGGAGGGCAAAAGAAACGAGUCACAACAGGUGAGAUGCUUGUUGGACCUGCUAGAGCUCUAUUCAUGGAUGAAAUAUCAACUGGAUUGGAUAGUUCAACAACUUAUCAGAUUGUAAAUUCAGUCAAGAACUAUGUUCACAUCCUUAAGGGGACUGCAGUCAUCUCACUGCUGCAGCCAGCACCUGAAACUUACGAACUUUUUGAUGACAUUAUUCUCCUUUCUGAUGGCCAAAUUACGUACCAAGGCCCUCGUGAACAAGUUCUUGAUUUUUUUGAAUCCAUGGGCUUUCAAUGUCCUGAGAGGAAAGGCGUGGCUGAUUUCCUGCAAGAAGUGACGUCAAGGAAAGAUCAGGAGCAGUAUUGGAAAAACAGAGAUGAGCCUUACAGGUUCAUCACAGUUCAGGAAUUUGUUGAGGCUUUUCAGUCUUUCCCAGUGGGUGGAAAAAUUAGAGAAGAACUUGCAGCUCCAUUAGACAAGACCAAGAGCCACCCAGCUGCCUUGACGACCAAAAAAUAUGGUGUUAGAAAAAUGGAACUAUUGAAAGCUUGCUUUUCAAGGGAACUCUUGCUUAUGAAGAGGAAUUCAUUUGUCUACAUUUUCAAGAUCAUUCAACUUGCAAUAAUGGCACUGAUUACAAUGACUGUAUUCCUACGGACUGAGAUGCACCGUGAUUCAGUAGCUGAUGGAGGAAUAUUUGCUGGUGCUUUAUUCUUCUCCUCUGUUACUGUUAUGUUCAAUGGAAUGUCAGAGCUUUCUAUGACUGUUGCCAAGCUUCCUGUUUUCUAUAAGCAAAGAGACCUCCUCUUCUUUCCGGCGUGGGCAUAUUCCCUUCCCACAUCUAUCCUCAAGAUCCCUGUCACAUUUUUAGAAGUUUCUGUUUGGGUAUUUAUCACUUACUAUGUCAUUGGAUUUGAUCCAAGUGUUGAAAGGCUGUUUAGACAAUACCUUCUAUUCUUACUCAUUAAUCAGAUGGCUUCUGCAUUAAACCGAUUCCUUGCUGGAGUGGGUAGAAGCUUGACAGUUGCUAGCACAUUUGGGUCAUUUGCACUGCUCAUGAUUUUUUCUUUGAGUGGCUUUGUCCUGUCAAGAGAGGAUAUAAAGGUUUGGUGGAUAUGGGGCUACUGGACAUCACCUUUGAUGUAUGGGAUGAAUGCAAUACUAGCUAAUGAGUUCCUCGGAAAGAGUUGGAGACAUGUUCUUCCAAACUCAACAGAACCACUAGGAGUUGCUGUUUUGAGAUCUCGUGGAUUCUUUACACAGUCAUAUUGGUAUUGGAUCGGCGUAGGAGCUUUGAUUGGAUACAUAUUCAUGUUCAACAUUUGUUUCAGUUUGUCUCUCACUUAUCUAAACCCAUUAGGGAAGACACAGGCUGUUAAAUCGGAAGAAUCUCAAAGCAAUGAACAUGAUGAGAAGAGUGGAAAAGUUGGUUGGUCACAGAACAGAGGAAAUAGCUUGAUUCCGCAAGUCAGCACAGAUAGUGGAGAUGGAAGUACCUCUUCCAAGCCCUCAUCUGUCAGGACAGAAGCUACUACUGACACUGAUCAUAAGAAAAGAGGAAUGGUUCUUCCCUUUGAACCACAUUCCAUCACAUUUGAUGAAAUCACGUACUCCGUGGACAUGCCACAGGCAAUGAAGAACCAAGGUGUUCUUGAGGAUAAAUUGGUGCUUCUCAAGUGUGUGAGUGGUGCUUUCUGGCCAGGUGUUUUGACAGCUCUGAUGGGAGUGAGUGGUGCUGGUAAAACUACUCUAAUGGAUGUACUGGCUGGUAGAAAAACUGGAGGAUAUAUUGAGGGAAAUAUUUCAGUUUCUGGGUACCCAAAGAAGCAAGAAUCCUUUGCCCGAAUUUCUGGAUACUGUGAGCAGAAUGACAUCCACUCUCCUUAUGUUACCGUCUAUGAAUCCUUGAUGUACUCAGCAUGGCUGCGUUUAUCCACCAAAAUAAAUUCUGGAACCAGGAAGAUGUUUGUUGAGGAAGUGAUGAGACUGGUGGAGCUGAAUCCAUUAAGGCAAGCACUAGUAGGGUUACCUGGUGAAAGUGGUCUCUCAACUGAGCAGCGGAAGAGGCUGACCAUUGCUGUUGAACUAGUGGCAAACCCUUCUGUAAUAUUCAUGGAUGAACCAACUUCAGGUUUAGAUGCAAGAGCUGCUGCUAUUGUAAUGAGAGCUGUUAGGAACACUGUGGACACUGGAAGAACAAUAGUGUGCACUAUUCAUCAGCCAAGCAUCGACAUAUUUGAAGCUUUUGAUGAGUUGUUUCUAUUGAAGAAAGGAGGACAAGAGAUAUAUGUAGGGCCACUAGGUCGUCAUUCUUGCCAUUUGAUCAAGUACUUUGAGGGAAUUGAGGGAGUCAGCAAAAUCAAGAAUGGCUACAAUCCAGCUACUUGGAUGUUGGAAGUUACGACUUCAGCAAAAGAAACAGAAUUGGGAAUUGAUUUUGCUGAUGUAUAUAAAAGCUCUGAAGUUUAUAGGAGAAACAAGUCACUUAUUCAAGAAUUGAGUAACCCUCCGCCUGGUUCAAAGGACCUCUAUUUCCCUACUCAUUACCCUCAGUCAUUUUUCACUCAGUGCAUGGCUUGCUUAUGGAAACAACAUUGGUCAUAUUGGCGCAAUCCACCAUACAAUGCCAUAAGAUUGAUAUACACAACCAUCGUAGCCUUGAUGUUUGGGACAAUGUUCUGGAACCUUGGUUCUAAAUUGACAAAGCCACAGGAUCUCUUCAAUGCAAUUGGUUCUAUGUAUGCUUCUGUUCUUUUUCUUGGUACUAAAAAUGCCAUGACAGUGCAGCCGAUAGUGGCUAUUGAAAGAACCGUCUUUUAUAGAGAACGAGCUGCUGGAAUGUAUUCUGCCUUGGCAUAUGCCUUUGCACAGCUCACAAUUGAGAUCCCUUAUGUUUUUGGGCAAGCUCUGAUCUAUGGUGUCAUAGUUUAUGCUAUGAUUGGAUUUGAGUGGACUGUAGCUAAAUUCUUUUGGUACCUAUUCUUCAUGUUUUUCACAUGUGUAUACUUCACCUUCUAUGGCAUGAUGGGGGUGGCCUUGACGCCGAACCAACACGUUGCUGGUAUAAGUUCUAAUGCAUUUUAUGCAUUAUGGAACCUCUUUUCAGGGUUCAUGAUCCCACGAACCAGGAUUCCUAUAUGGUGGAGAUGGUACUAUUGGGCAUCCCCAAUGGCUUGGACCUUGUAUGGAUUGACUGUAUCACAGUUUGGGGAUAUACAAGAUAAGCUCAACACAGGUGAGACAGUAGAAGAGUUUUUGAAGAAUUACUUUGGUUUCAAACAAGAAUUUAUAGGAGUGGUUGCAGCUGCAGUUGUUGGAUUUUCCCUCCUCUUUGCGUUUAUCUAUGCCUUGGCCAUCAAAAUGUUGAAUUUUCAGAGGCGAUAA